AGUAAAGCCGAUUCCCAACUCGAGUACGUGAGUCGAGCCUCCCCCUCGAAAUAUAGAGAAUGCCAUUAAUAUUGUGACGUGUUAGAUUUAAAAAAAUAUCUUUAAUUAUUAGUGAAUAACGGCUGUGCUAAUUGUGAGAAAAACGGCAUACCAAUCAGGAAGGUACAAUGAUGCAAGAUGAGGAUCUUGGUGGUCCGGGUAGACGAAAUGUAUUCAGUAAGACACUUUCAAGAAUAUCACAGGUUUAUCAAAGUUGGCUGGAUCAGUUGACACCGCAUGUUAUCUUGAGAUGGGCAAUUGCAAUAUUUUUAGUAAUUAUGUUCAUUGUCCGCAUCCUAGUAGCACAGGGUUGGUAUAUUAUUACCUAUGCUCUUGGAAUUUACCAUCUAAAUCUAUUUAUAGCUUUUCUCACACCAAAAAAUGAUCCAGCUAUGGAUUUUGAUGAUACAGAUGGGCCUCAAUUACCCACAAGGUCAAAUGAGGAGUUUAGGCCUUUUAUUAGGCGGUUGCCUGAAUUCAAAUUUUGGUAUUCAGUGUGUAAAUCUACAGUUAUUUCUUUUAUAUGCACUUUAUUUGACUUCUUCAAUAUCCCAGUAUUCUGGCCAAUUCUUGUAAUGUACUUCAUUACUUUAAUGUGCAUAACAAUGAGGCGCCAAAUUAAGCAUAUGAUAAAAUACAGAUAUUUGCCUUUUACACAUGGUAAACCAAAGUACCAAAACCACAUUGAUGCAAAGUAAUUAAAAAAUGAAUAGAGUGAAAGUAUGUCUGUUGAUGUAAAGGCGUAAAUGUGCGUUGAUUUCUAUAUCUUAUGUUUUUCUUAUGUUUUUUUUUUUUUUUUGAAAACUGUUUCAAAUUGACUGUAAAUGAAUUAUCGUUUUUUGAAUGACAAUUUAUAUGAAUAAAAUCAUUGUGUUGUUCGAAACUUUUUUAAAAGUUUAAAAAGUAAAAAUAAGACCGUAUGAGAAUAAUGGUUAAAAAAUUAUUUUGUAAUUAUCUUCUCUGUAAAAUGCUUCAUAUGCGAAGUAUAUGCUUUAAAACUGAAUUGUCUUAAUACCAUUGUAACAUAAAUCUUGUACAAAGUAUUGUUAGGCCAUACCAAUGGACAAGAUAAUGCAGUCUGGAAAAAUAUAAUUAACAGUUGUUAUAGUGUCGUAUUGAAUAAUUUUUCACUAAGAAAAGAUAAGUAAACAGAAGGUAAAGCAGGAAAAUAUGAUAAAUUUUUUAUUGUAUCUUACCACACUUGAAUUUGGAAUUUACAUUUCAUCUUUUAUUAUGAAGAAGUAUUUCGUAGGCUAUUGUAUCAAAAUAAAUGAGCAUUGUACAAUGUUUUAAUUUUUUUCUUAUUUACUUUAGAAGUCAUAGUAAAAUUGCAUUUUUAAUAUGUAUGUGUUGAACACGAUAAGAUCAACAUUAUCUUGGUCAUAGAUCUAUUCCAAAUAGAUGAAGACGCUGAUCUAGAUAACAUUUUUCACAUUCAGCUAUCAAUAUAGAAUUAGAUUAUAAAACUGACCUCGCUAGUCUAUGAAAAUGCGCAGGAUAAUUAUUGUAAUAAAUAUUUGGCGACUCGAUUGACAUUAAAUGCAAGUAUAGUGUACUACCUAACUAGUGCGGGAGAUAGAUUGUGUGAAAUUUACUCCCGAGUGAAACGAGAUUGAAAAAAUACACGAGAAGAGAAUCUCUUUUCCAAUCAUGUUAUAUAAAGGUACGGUAUUUUCCAAAACGUGUGAAAAGCGCUAAUUUGAGCUCACUUUUUUAUAUGAGCGUUUCGAUAAAGUCGUACGUUCCGCACGGCGUAUUAAAAAAUGAAAAAGAUGUUUCUUAAGUCUUGAAUGAAAUACUUAAAUAAGAAAGUUUUAACAACGGCUAGAGUUGCUCGCGCUGAAUAUUUUAUUUUGCGGAUUCAAAUAAUUGAAGAUAAAAAUAAAAUUUACUAUAUCAUCGCUUGAGUCAUCCAAUUAUAAAAUUUAUAUGUUCAUGCAAUAUUUUUACAUAUUCCAGUCUAUUCUAAAGACUUUAGCAGCGUCUAUUUUGUUAUUCCGGUGAAUAUUAGUUACUCAUUUCCGUCGAAUUUGUCAAGAAUUCUUUGCUUUCAUUCAUUUCUCUGAGGACAUCUUUUAUAGAUUAAAUGGUCCUGUAAUAUAUAUUUUGCAUUUAUUUUUGUGGUCUAACAACUACUAUAAAAGCGGUUAUAAAAAUCAAUAGUUUGUUAUUUAUGAAAGUAUUAAAAUUUAAAGGUUAAAUCAUAAAGUGUUGUUAUUGAUUUCACACAGAAUCUCUAUACGUUGAGUUUAAGAUAUUAAUAAUUAAAUGUACAUUUUCAUAAUUUAUUAUAAUUGUUAUGUACGGCGAUUAUAAAAUUUUUUGUAUCGCCAUUGCUAUAUAUACAUUAUAUGUUGAUUUUGUGUUGGUACAGGGAAGGGUCAUAAUGCAUUAAUUUUAAUUAUUAUUAUUGUAAUCUUGAAGAUUUCAUCAGCUAUAUGUGUUAUCUUCAAUCAAAGUACAUUUUCAUGAAAAGAAGUUGAAGAAUCGUUCAAAUAAUUUAUUUGACCAGUCUCGUGUUCAAGCGUCAACUUUAGAAAAAAAACAUCCCUUGAGUUUACAUAUAUCGUGUCAUAUUUUAAUAAAAAUAGCAAAACAAUUCUCUGUUCAUAUUUCAUUUAAAUAAAUAAAUUUUUAUGAAAAUUUAACGUUUCAAUUUGCCCGUGCCGUCUGCGUUCGCGAGUCGACUACAAGAAAUAUUUAUUAUAAAAAAAUAAAAAAUCGACGAUGUUUUCCAGCCGUCAAGUUGAUGAAGAAGCGAGCUAAUAUUUUAUUUUUGUUGUAAAGAUACAGAUGAAUGAAUAGAAAACGUUGUCAAUAUUUAAAUUUGUUCAUAAUGAUACGACUGCAUAACCUACUUUAGAAACAAUUAGUCUUUAUUCAAGUGGCGACAUUCGUUGAUAUCAUCUAUUUGAAGUGUAUGGCGCAACCUCAAAGUUGAAUAAUUCUGGACCUAAACCUUUAUAGAAAUGACAAGUAUUCACUCUAAUUAAUAAGACAAUAAAGAUAACUCUAAUCAAGUAGUGCUGAAAAGAAAAAGUAGUUUUUGAAAAUACGCUUCGAAUAGCCGAUGUUUUGUCCACCUGUACGCUAUUAAAAGAAAUCAGGUUAAAACAGUGAACGUGGAAGCAUCAAAUAUUAAUGAUCGUAGACGUUGAGACCGUUGUAGAAUUUUCUUUCUUGAAAAGGAAGCCUUGUGUUGGACAUGUUGGAAAAAUAUUGCCUUUAGUAAGUAUUUGUUGGUUUUCAUGUUAGCUGCAUCACUUUUGUUCCACUGACGUAUUUCAACUUGCUGAGUGUAAUAAACAAUUAAUAGAACUUUUACGUGUAUAUCGCUUCACUCGAAUGAACGAAAAGCUUAAAGCAGUUUUAUUUCCGGUCAUCUGUUUGCUUGUUGAUAUAUUUUUCGUGCUUUUUAUGUGUAUUAGUAUUUGGAAAGUUUUUCUAUUUUAAUGGAAUGAACUUGCUCGAUUUUGUCAAGAAGAAUUAUCAUGAUAACAAUACGAACAUGACUAUUUGUAAAACGAUUGGGCUUCAAUAAGCAAACGUAUUGAAAUGUUUUAAUAAUUAGUGCGGUAAUUGAGUAUUAUCGCGAGUAUGCGUGUGAGCAUUUAGCAAUGUUUUCUUGUAUUCGGUAUAUACGCGUGAUUAUCAUAUUAUUUGCAGAGAAUCACGCGGAGUGUCAAUGCGAUAGAUUGAUAAAUAUUUGUCGCAUUGUUAAGGUGCAUUGAUGUUGGCACAGAGUGAUUUGGCGCGAGUGAGCUUUGAAGAAUCGCCGCACGAACCUUGGAGGCUAGCCAAUUAGCGAAACGUGUUUGAGGUAAGGUAAAGGGUGAAGCAAUAAAAGCGAAGAACAGGUGGGUAAUUCUAGGCUAUUUCGAUUGACUUGUAACC